AUGUCAUACCAAGACAGUAGCGAUUCCGAUUCAACUAUCCAGGAAGAGGAUUAUCAUCCUACACGGUCACUCCCAGUCCCAGAUGACACUCCAAAGACUCGCUUUGACCCCGAGCAAUCUAACUUCCAAUUGCGCCAACAAUUGCAGUCAAAAGCUGAUGAAUACAUGGCUUCUUCUAUAGAAGAAAGUAUAGAACAGACCUCAGAGUAUUCUACAGCUCUUGGUCAACUAGUUUCGGCGACAGUCCAAUUCGAACAAAUUUGUUCGAAUUCAAUUCAAUAUGCAGACGAACUUGUCCGCUAUUGUCCCACUCUUGUAAGAGUACUUCAAGAACGACUCUUCAACCA